UUUUUGCUGGGUAAAAUGUACAGUUUAUAGUAUAUAUUUUCUUCUCUGAGAUAAUAAUGUAAUUCUCUGUAAUGUAAUUUUGUCUUACACAAAAUUACAUUACGAACACAUAGUUGGUAGGUUACUUGAAUGUGGUUGGAAGUGAGAGCGUCAUAAAUAUUUUAACCCGAGUCCUAGGUCACCUGAGUACAGAGCGUCACUAGAAUUUGUCAAUUAGCAUCUCUUUUGCUUAAGUGUGUGCUGCUAUGUUGACAAUUUCAUGCGCAUGGGCAAUAAGGGGCUUUCGCUGCAGGUGUGGAAAACUUUUUGUGUUGAAGGCAAGGCCACCGUGAUCCAUAAGACCGACUGAUAGUUGAUGGAAACGAUGCAAGUAUUUAAUUAAUGUAUGUUUAAACGGAACAUGCAACAAUUGAACACAAGUUUUAUGUUUCCAAAUUUGUUGUCGACUACUUGGGAAUGUAACACACUGAGGUGAGUGUCAGCACUCGAUAAAAACCGACCACUUCAAUGUAUUUUCAGACUGUUUAACUGUUUAUCAUGGUUGAUGUUUUAUACAUCCUCCAAAAAUCGUUAGUUACUAGGCCUAUGUGGAUCUGUGCCGCAAAAAAAACAGUCCAACCUCUAACUUUCCCACGCUCCGCCGAGAUUUGGGUAUACAACAAUGAGUGGCUCAGCAAGAUUAUUUUUGCAGUCGGCUAUAAUGCUGUACCAGUCAGAUCCAUUCCAUUAGUGAAAUGUAAUCCACAUAUUUGCCGGUAUUAUUGUGGACCGAGAUAAUCUAAGGCUUGUGAAACUAUAUGGUUGCGAGUCUUAAAUUCGUGAAAUGUAGGCCUACGAACGGCGUGUUCAUUUGGUGUGGGAUUAUUUCUGUUAUGUUACCCAAGACUUUCUAGGCAGAAAGUCCUAUCAUUUGUGCCCAGAAAUAAUAGAAAAGUUUCCUCGAUGCAGCCGACAGUAAUUGUUAUGACCUACCUAGUUAUCUACUGAAUUAAUGAAGAGAGCUUGAUAAAUUAAAACUAAUUGGAUGGACAGUCACAAAGUAUGUUUUAGUGUUCAGGGUGAACCGCUUGAAGGGCUCUAUGUCUCAGAAUGGCCCUCUCAGGUUUCUGACCUCAGUCAGCAGCAACAGGGGAGGGCUCACCUUAGCAACAAGGUUUCCGCGUAGCCCAGUGUGCUGAAUAGGAACCGCGGAGAAAGAGACACACCGAGAGAGGACAAAAAGGUGGAUGGAGAAGGUUACAAAGCCUCAAACUGAACAAAUAUGGAUGGAUUUCUCCAUUGUGCCAAAAGGAAUUAAUGCAGCAGUCAUGGCUCAAGACACGCACGUGUAUGGAAACGGAUCAGUUCGCAAGCAACGACCUAAGUGCUUUUCUCCGUCUUACAAAGUUCACAGACAAAACUCCAUCAGUGCUGGAGAUACUGUUCCCUGUUGCUUGGAGACUUCCUAUGGUUACCAACUGGACCUGGACUUCCUCAAGUACGUGGACGAUAUCCAAAAGUGCUCCACGAUGAAGAGGCUAAGCUUCAGGAGGAGGCUCAGAGAGGCCAGUAGUGUGGGGGAACCACAGAGUGGCACCACACCCAACCAAUGGAACUCCUCAGAGUCCUUGUCCUCGGCCAGUAGCGACGACACUCGGUUUUCCACCGUCAGCAGAGGCCGUCCCCCUCUUCCUCCUCCCCACGGAACGUCCUCCAACGCCACCACACCCUCUAGUUCGGAGGGAGCCCCGGUGUCUCAGAAGCCUUCAGACGGGAAGCCCCCCACUGGGGCCCGAUCUCUGGCCGCACCAAGAUACAACCCCCUGGUAGAGAGAACUCUGGUGGAGACCCGGAGGCGUCUGGAGCAGGAAAAGAGCCCCCUGACUCAGCCAGAGCCUCAUCCCCGCCGCAGGCUGGCCACUUUCGGGGGAGUGGGCUCCAUCGGGUCCUUGUCGCCGUUUACCGGCUGGGGCGCCUAUAACCAGGAUACCAAUGGGAACAAGCCAAGUGGUGCAGAGCUGUCCCUCCAGCCCAGCACCUUGCUGGGCAGUGGAGGGUCCCUAAGGCCCAGCCCCCAGAGCUCUGGCAGGGCCACUCCGGUGACCGGCCUCAGCCCCCAGCACCUGCAGCACGUCAGGGAUCAGAUGGUGGUGGCCUUGCAGAGGCUGAAGGAGCUGGAGGAGCAGGUGAAGACGAUUCCCGUCCUGCAGGUCAAGAUCUCCGUCCUGCAGGAGGAGAAGAGGCAGAUGGUGUCUCUGAUGAAGAACCCCAACAAGAACCAAGAGACGAGCGACGUCUUCCGCAAAAGAGCCCAAAGCGCGGGCAGUUCGGACCGCAUACCGAGGCCCCCCGGUGUCGGAAAGGCGUCGGAGCUCCGUGAGGUGAAGGCUGAAGAGGAGCUGGAAGCCAGGGAGCACAGUGUCACCUCGGGCCUGAGGGAGUUCAGGCAGCUGACAGCCGAGAUGGAGGCACUGGAGAGGACCAUCAAGGGAGGCCGUUUGCAAGCUCGCCACGGACUGGACCGACCCGCGCUUUACAGGAGGGCUCAAGUGUCUGCCACGGUCGGGAUUGAUGAAGACAAGGACCGGGCGCCCGCUACGUCUUCGAAGCAAUACAAGAACGCUGCCGUGGAGACCAGGCCGAUUGAAACCAGGUGCGUGGCUACUGGCGUUUCUGAAGCCCAUCUCGGGAUCGUCACAGACGGGGAGGCAGAGCUCGAAGCCCAACAGCAAAUCAUCGAAGCCCUGAAGGAGCGGAUUUGCCAAUUGGAGACUGAGCUUAAGGAGUCCACCCUCCAGACGGAGAUGGGCCGUCUGAGGCUGGAGCUGCACGCCGCCGGCGCCAGGAACCGGUCCGAUAAAAGCUCCACCGCCCGGCCGUCCACCUCCAGCACGGCCACUGAAACUCAGACCCAGAGCAGGAGCGUGGGGGUGGGCAACCACACACACUUGAAGGAUGCUUGCACCGGAGGAAGGUGGGAGGUGGCUGUGUGCUCUGUGGGGAGCUCGUGUAGCCCACAGUUCAGGAGUGUAAGCUCUGGCCCUGAAGUGUUAAUGAGCCAGUGGGAGGUCAGAGAGCAUGUGGAGAGGAGGGAUCAGUGUGUCGGGCGACGGGUGUUGAUGCACUCCAGGAGUGUGGGGGCGGAGGUCAAGACGUGUGAAUUAGGCAUCAACACAGAUGUGACUUUGGGGGAUUUAGCUUCUGGUGAUGGAUGGGCAGUGGGUGAGACUGUCAAGGAGGUCGUUUCUCAUGGCGUGGCCACGGAGCCAAUCCGAGGCGUCGACCUGGGGAUCAUGGUCUCUCCUCAGACCGCCUCUCAACUCACCAACACGGCGCACAGCUCGGUCUCUCGCUUCACCAAUACCAGGCGCUUGUUCAACACCAACUCCAGCACCAACACUGUCCUCGACACCCAGGAGAAGCACACCAACACCGCUCACGCCGUCACGCGGACGGUCGCCGUGGGCAACAGCAGGGUCCACGACCUCCAGGUGGUCGCCAAGACCCGCUCGGUUGCCGUCGGUUCCUCCUCCUGGGCGGGCGACGAUCCAACCCGAACCGCCGUCGCGCUCGCUAAGGCGGCGACCCGAGACAUGGGCGUGGGAAUGGCUAGCGUUGACGAGAACUUCCUGGUCGGAUUGGAAACCCGAAACAUGGCGUGCGGGCCGUCCCUCCUGCCCGACCCCACCAAGACCAGGAGUGUUGGGGUAGGGGAGGGGAGGAUACGCGACUACUCCAGCCAAUUGCAACCUCCCCCGCAGUCCACACAGCUGUCUCCUCAGGAGCAGCCAGAGCCUGGCUUGGACCACUACAUAGAGAAAAUGCAGCAUCUGUUGAUGGAACAGCAGGGCCUGCUGACGGAGAGCUACAGCGAGCUGGGAGAGGUGUUCACCCCGCCUCACAGCAGCCUCCAGCCGGGCACCGUGUUCACCCAGCCUCACAGCAGCCGCCUUGGCCCCAUCAGCAGCCAGCUGGCCAGCACCGUGUCCAGCAUGGACACUGCCAUGAGACUGGGGCUCACUUCGCCUCCCUCCACAGAUAAUGAGCAGUCUUCAAAUAACACACCCCUGGAUGACAUAACCCCAGGGUUGGAGGUCAGGAGACAGACCCCGACAGAAUGCCAACUGUCCACAGAUGUGCGAGUCCAGCCAGCCAAUGCCUUUAACUUAAGAUCUAUCAUGAAGAAACAAGAUGGCGACGCCGGCUCUAUUACGACCAGAAAGAGCCUGAAAUUCAUGGGCGUAAGAACAGGAGCCCAGUGUGUCGUCUACAGAUGGGACCCCCUGUGCCAGCCCCCCAGCUCUGAAGACGCCAGCUCUGAGGACGAGGAAAGGAAUGGGAAGAAAUGCAGGGCGAGCUCUGGAAUAUUAGAUGGACAAGGUUCAGAAGCAGCGUGUCCGGGCCAAGGCGCCGUCGGCGGAGGAUGCCGAAGUCAUCUAAGAGUUCAGAUACACGGGAGGUUUAAACUGAGUGAAAAGGUGCUGUCUGCCUGUCAGUCCCUGAAGAGCCACCUGAAUGAUGAGGAGUCCUUCACCAGCAGGGAGCUGCGGUCUUGCCUGAACACACUACAGCACGAGUGGUUCCGUGUGUCCAGUCAGAAGUCCGCCGUCCCUGCGGCGGUGAAGGAUCACCUGUCGGCCUUCAGGGCCGUCUCUCCUUCGGUGCUGAGACACGUGGCCAACAUGGCCGACGGCAACGGAAACACGGCCCUUCACUACAGCGUGUCUCACUCCAACUUCCGCGUGGUCAAGAUGCUGCUGGACGCAGAGGUGUGUAACGUGAACCAGCAGAACAAGGCGGGCUACACGCCCAUCAUGCUGGCGGCGCUGGCGGCCGUGGAGGCGCCAGAUGACAUGAGGGUGGUGGAGGAGCUCUUCACCCAGGGGGACGUCAAUGCCAGAGCCAGCCAGGCGGGCCAGACGGCCCUGAUGCUGGCGGUGAGCCACGGUCGCAUGGACAUGGUGCAGGCCCUGCUGGCCCAGGGAGCGGAGGUCAACCUGCAGGACGACGAGGGCUCCACGGCGCUCAUGUGUGCCAGCGAGCACGGCCACGCCGAGAUGGUCCGCCUGGUGCUGGCCCAGCCGGGCUGCGACGCCACUCUGAGAGACGGCGAUGAAAGCACCGCCCUGUCCAUUGCCCUGGAGGCUGGACACAGAGAUAUAGCCGUGCUGCUCUAUGCACACGUCAACUUCUCCAAAGGACCUGUUGGGGGAACACCUCGUGCCUGCAACAGGUCCCUCUCCAGCUUCAGUGGAAGAAGCUACAUGGAAUGAAACGGCUGCCAAGUAACAUGACUGUUCUACUCUGUGAUUCGUAUAGCUGGUUGUCUGUAUUUUAAGCUUCUUUACUGUUUAUCUAUGCAAGUAACUGACAUGGAUUUCUGUCAUUUUAAGAAUGAGCCAAUAAGCAAAUUGAUUACUGAAUAUUGUUUAUAUAGAUUUGUCAUUGUUUGUAGCUACCUAAACAAUAUAUAUUUUAAUAUAUAGUGUAUCUUGUACAUACUGUAAAGUAUAUCAAAGCACUUUGGAAAUAUAACCCUUCGAGGACCAAUUAUGUAUCAGAAUGUUCAGGAAUAUUUUAAUAAAGGUAUG